CGGACACAACUCACUGUGGCAGACCGCUCUCACACACUCACACUCACUGACUUUCUAUCAUACCCAAAUCAGAUGUUGUAAUUUUUGCAACAAGUUUUUUUGUUUUUAAGAAACUGAGAUCUGGAUAUACUUUUGGUUGACUGCUGGGCCGAGAAGGGGACAUGGAUCCAAUUGUGGAAGUAGUGGCUUUGGUGCUGGGGUUCAUUGGUUGGGUGAUGGUGGGGGUUGCCCUGCCGAACCGUUACUGGAGGACCUCCACCGUCGACGGGAGUGUCAUCACCACCUCCACCAUCUAUGAAAACUUGUGGAUGUCGUGUGCAUCGGAUUCAACAGGGGUACAUAACUGCAGGGAGUUCCCGUCACUGCUUGCUUUGAGUGGAUAUGUCCAAGCGUCUCGUGCCUUGAUGAUCACAUCAAUAGUGUUGGGCACCUUUGGUCUGAUGGCGGCCCUGAUAGGACUACAGUGUUCGAAGGCUGGAGGGGAAAACUAUGUGCUCAAAGGGAGGAUUGCUGGCACGGCAGGGGUCCUUUUCAUACUUCAAGGUAUGUGCACAAUGGUCGCAGUGUCCUGGUACGCCUUCAACAUCACUCAGGAAUUCUUUGAUCCUUUCUAUCCUGGUAUAAGGUAUGAAAUAGGAGAAGGACUUUAUAUCGGCUGGUGCUCCGCUGUGCUCGCCAUCAUCGGAGGAGCCUGUCUCACAUGCUCUUGCAAAAUGGGCACAGAGGAAAAAUACCCUUUGCCUUAUCAAACCAGGGGAACUGUAUAUUCUGGAGCUGCACCGACCAGGAGCGUAGCUAAUAGUACUUAUGGCCGAAAUGCUUACGUUUGAGCAAGAUCUUACAAAUGCCGGAGGUAAACUUCUCACCUCAAAUUUUGUUGAUGCAUCUAACAUGUGCUAGUUUUCAGUUUUUUUCUCUUCAGAUGGAGCUUUUUAAGGUCCAUCAAAUGUUCACUAAUGGAAGUAACAUAGCACCAACUGAACUGUAUAUAAUCACAAUAUCAGGUGUGAAUUCUGUAAAAAUUAAAUACUGAAGCUGUAAAAAAGCUAAGCUGCUUAUCACUGUGCACAUUUACAAAGUCACUUAUUUUCAAUCAUUUGAUGAUCUGCAUACACACUUCUAGACAAAUGUUGAAGGUCAAAACUGUGAUCAUCCAGAGAUUUGUGUGUUGUUUUGUACAGUUUUAUAGAUGUGAAAGAGGGUGAAGGAAGUUAUCUUCAUUUUGAUGGGUUUCGUUUGUUUUAUACAAUUGCACAUAAUAAAAUGUGUUUUGCUAAACAUUUCA